CGUGGUGAGUGAUGAACGGGCGGGGGCCGAGCCCGACCUCAACCUAACCAACCAGACCGGACCAGACCUCCUCCUCGUCCCCGUCGCCGGCGCCGCGCAUGGACCCGAGCCGCCCGCUGCUAGGGCGCGGCGCCCUCCUUUCCUCCUCCUUCCACGCCGCCGCGGGGUUCCUCGUUGUCGUCCUCCUCCUCCUCACGCUGCUCCGCUUCCCCCUCUCCAUCUCCCCACACGCCGUCUCCACCGUCAGCGACCAGAAGCUGUCUCAGCGUAUCUGCGAUCCCACCUCCCCCCUGGACUGCGCCGAUCCGCAGCUAUUCCACCUCAUGAUGCGCAGCGCCAUCGACACCUUCCACGCCGUCCACUUCUCCCGCUUUGGCCGCCCCGUCCCCGGCGACCCCCCCUCCGCCUCCUGCGACAUGGCCUGGCGCGCCCGCUCUGAUUCCGACUCCCCCUCCAAGGCCACCACCAAGGACUACCGCCGCUUCGCCAUCGCCCGCCACCCCGUCACCUGCGCCUACUCCGUCCUCUCCAUCGGCGACUACCACUCCGGCCCCAACGCCCGCAAGCCCCGCCGCGUCGCCACCAACGCCACCAUCGCCCCUCCGCCCCCGCCCGCCCUCUCCCGCUCUCAGUUUGCCCAGGGCGCCUACCUCGCCUACCUCGGCGGCGGCGACCGAUGCAAGCCCAUGCCGCACUACCUGCGCAGCCUCCUCUGCGCCCUCACCGAAGCACGCUACCUCAACCGCACCCUAGUCCUCGAUCUCACACUCUGCCUCGCCGCCUCCUACGCCGCGCCGGGGACAGGGGGGAUGCCAGAGGAGGGCAAGCGCCUCGCCUUCUACGUCGACGUCGACCACCUCCACUCUCAGUUCGCCAUCAUCGAGGGGACCAAGUUCUGGGCGGAUUGGGAUAAGUGGGGAGUGCAGGGCCAGCUCGGGGCCCGCCUCAUCGAGGAUACCAGGCUCGCGCCUAUCAAGUUCUCCAAGGCCAGGGAUACCCUCAUCGUCAGGAAAUUUGGGGACGUCGAGCCAGGGAACUAUUGGUACAAUGUCUGCGAGGGUGAAGCGAAGCGUGUGCUCCGCCCGCUGCGCCCGGCAAUACGCUGGGCGCCGAGCUUGAUGCACAUUGUCAAUAAUAUCAUCUCAAGGAUGCAAGCAGACUUUGAUUCGGUCCAUACCGGUGGCAACGUUGAUGACCUCAGUCAGAGGAUCCAGGAAGGUGUUGAUGGAGGGCGGCAGGUGUAUGUCGCAGGGAUAGGGGUCAACAGUGCAUUGGUGGAGGCGCUUAAGGCGAAGUAUCGCGUGCAUUACCUGGAUGAGUUUGAGGACCUGUGGGGGACAGACAGCAAGUGGUUCUUGGAGAUGAGGAGGCUCAAUGGUGGGGUUCCUGUAGAGUUUGAUGGGUACAUGCGCGAGGUCGUCGAUAGGGAGGUCUUCCUCAAAGGGAAGAAGAAGGUGGAGGUGCUCCAGUGAUUCCCCCCCCCCCCCCCCCUCCCUCCCUCUCCCAGAUAAGAUGUUCAACAAGGCAUGCCUUUUUGCCUAGCGAGUCUUGUAAAGAUCAUCAUGUUUGAAUUUCGUUGACUCCUCUGUAGAUGAUUUAGCUAGCCACUUCCAAGGAAUUACUUAGCUACCCAAUAUCACUUCCAAGGAAAUUUUGGUAACCAUCAAUGUAUAUAUAGCUCGGUGCUCCUGGCAGCAUCGGUUCCGUUCAGUUGAUCAGUUUCUUAGUGCUACUCACUCCUCGUUUCUGUAAGAAGGAUUUGUGCUACUUUUCAUUAUCAUGUCCAUUCUACUAUUUAGUUCAUUUCA